GCUAGGCAACGCUGGUGUUAGAGCACGUAAAAGGCGUAACGAGAUCGCGAGCUGUUCCAGCUCUACUGUCAUCGGUAUCAUUUACGUCUGCUUUCGAAGUCGGUUGACGUGUAGAAAGUUCGUGGGCAGUUUGAGUUUGAAAACUUGUCAAAAGAAUCGAAAAUAUGACCGCAGCAGUGAAAGUUUGUUUCGUCGUGUCUUUGGUGGCGGCGACGUUGGAAAGCAGCUACUCUAAACCAGAUACUACGGUUACCCACAAGGUAACCUUCGACAUCGGCAUCGGAAAUCGCGAUGCUGGGAAGAUAGUCCUCGGUCUCUAUGGCAAGGUGGCGCCCAAGACCGUCAAGAACUUUGUGGCUUUUGCCGGAGACGGCUACAAGGGUUUCAAAUAUGAAGGGACCCACUUCCACAGAGUCAUCAAGGACUUCAUGAUCCAAGGCGGCGACGUGGAGAAGAAGGAAGGCCGGGGCUCCUUAAGCAUUUACGGUCGCUAUUUUGACGACGAGACGUUCGAUCUGAAGCACACUGAACCCGGCACGCUCAGCAUGGCCAACGCUGGCAAGAACACGAAUGGUGCUCAGUUCUUCAUCACGACGGUUGCUACCACGUGGUUGGACGGCCACCACGUCGUGUUCGGCAAGGUGCUCGAAGGUCUGGACGUUGUCCGCGACAUCGAGGGUCUCAAGACCAACGGCAGCGAUGUGCCCGUCGAGACUGUACUCAUCAAGAAGUCCUCCGUCCAAGAGUUGGUCUCUAUUUAGAGCUCAGUGAGACGUCGCCUCCGCUGGUUGUUGGCGCUCCAUGCAGUCUUUUUUUUUUUUUUUUUUUUUUUUUAACUUUACGUUUUUUCUACUCAACUGCUUGUAGCGUGCGCUAUUUUCUUUUUGGAUAUAUAUACAUAUCAAGUUACCGCGUUGGGCACGAAUAUCAACUUGAGAUGAAGGGUUUACAACGAAUUGUCUAAGUGAAACAUUUCCAGGUUUAGAGCUCUCCGACACUGAGCACCGAAUAGAAUCUCGGAGCGGUAUGCAAUACUCGUUUCAUUUUUUUUUUUUUUUCUCGGAAGUUUUGGUGUUUGCAUUUAUUAACAAAUACUCGAUGAACUCGUUAAGCAACGGCACAAGCUGUGAUCAAAUUUUUAUUGUUUUGGCUCGUUAUGUCUUUUGUGUACUGUUCUUUUUUUGUCUUUUGUGCGCAGCUGGUUUCACUAUUCGUCGCAUAGUACGAGUAGUGGACAUCUAUGGCAACAAUUCAUAAAUAAAGGUUUACUCCACGUCAGUUGAAUAUUUACGGACCAAAUACCCCCAAGUAGCGUUAUUAUUUUCACACGUGCCAAAUAUCUCCCGUUUCCGUUUCAUCCUUCGUAGAUCAAUGCUCUUAUUUUUCGAAACGACAAUAAAGAUGCAAUUUUUUGCUGA